AUGUCAAAACAAAAAAUAACAAAAAUUUUUAUCAAAAACAAAAAUGAAGUUCAACCAAAUGUAUUUGACUCUGAUGAAACUGAAGAAAACGAACAACCUAGAGAAAAUGUUUUUGAAGAAGAAGAAAGGAUAUUAAGAGAAGAAGGUAAUUAUAUAGAAAGUGAUGAUGAUGAGUGGUAUGACCAAACAAAAAAAGAGGAUAAAGGAGAAGAAUUAAGUUCUUUUGAAGAUUUAAUAAAACGAUUAGUUGAUGUUAAAUUUGAAAUUUAUGUGAUAGAAGAGGAACAAAAAGAAAUGGAAGAAGAGGUAGAUGAAUUAGACCAAUUUAUGAAAAUGAAUGAACACCAAUUAAAACAUGAGAAAAGUGUUAAUGAACUAAAAGAAAUAGAACGUAGAUUAAUUGAGGCUAUUAACAAAAUUAAACCAACAAACAAAACAUGGGAUGAAAUUAAUUCCAAUAUUAAUAAACAGCUUAAAAUAAAAGAAUUAGUUCGUGGGUGUGUUGGAAUUAAGAGGAAACCAAAUGAGCCUAUCCUUGAAACAAAACGAAAAAUUGAAGAAGAUACAGUUUCUGAUGUAAAACCAAAAGUAGAUCAAAAAGGAGAUGGAAAAAGUAGAUUGAAUGAACUAUAUGGAUAUUAA